AUGAAUUCGGCGGAACAGACGGUUACGUGGUUGAUUACGCUAGGGGUGCUGGAAUCGCCGAAGAAGACCAUCUCGGAUCCUGAAGCUUUUCUGCAGACCUCCCUGAAAGAUGGGGUGGUCUUGUGCAGGCUGCUGGAGCGGCUCAGCCCGGGCUCCACGGAGAAAGUAAGGGCAAUACACCCCCUCCUCACUCCCCACCACCACCGCUACUAACACCACCACCACCACCACUCUCCUCUGCAUAACCGCCCGCCUGCCCGCCUCAUCGGCGCGUCUGUGUGCGGCACAGAUCCGCGGAACCGACGCUGUUGGUUUGUUGUCUGGCUUCUCUUUCUGCCCACUGGUCCAUGAGGCGAUUUCUUUUGUAGGUCACGACAGCUCGGGUUAUUGUCUGCGAAAACAGCCCUAUAUGGCUGCACAUACGUGUGUCAGCGUGCGUAAAAACAUAGAGCAAGGGCUUGUUUCCACUGCGUAUUGAUCUGAUUUUAAUAAGAAAUGAACACGGAGAAAAAGAUAAACGAUUAAACAAUUUAUCAUUUGAUCCACCAGUGGUUUGCACCUCACAUGAAGGCCUCGUUUAGUGUGCUUGUAAUGCAGGUCUUAACACCCAACAGAUGUGCGUUAUCGCUUGAAGCCCCUGUUUUAAAUUCCCUUGUAAUCCAUGGCGAUGCAGCGUAAAUGUCAAUGGCUUUUAAUGUACACAAUGUGAUUAUCCAGGGAUACACAACCCACACCAAUAAGAGUGGGCCGCCAUUGACUGCAAAGGCGCACAGAUAGAGAUGGACCCCUCUACCCAUUUAAAGAAACAGCGCAGUGUUUGUGUCUGUCAACAUAUAGCGUCAGCCCGAGUAGACAGCUACCUGAGGGAGGCAAUGUUUUCCUGAAAAGACGCUCUCCCUCUGACUGCUGCACAUCCACACAAGCGUGAGAAGAUUUGACUGUUAAAUGGCAAACAGGUUCCUCCAUUUUCCACCUCACACUCACAAUGGGGGUGUCGUUAAAUGUCUGUCUGACAUAACGAAUCUGGUUUCAGCAUUCUGCACUCAUGGGAGGAUGUAGGGAUGUAGGUUCACAGAAAGCCCCUCUGUUAAGCUGUUUUUGGGGCUUGGGAAUGGGGAAACCAAUGUGAAAUUGCUGCCUCAUCCUGGUGGGAGAAUCCACAUCGGUGUGGCAUUAUAAUCUAAAGUCUGUUAAAUCUGCUGCUAUCUCAUUUUAGGAGGAUUUAAUAUGUUUUAUUGCCAUAUAACUGCUAAGAGGAUUGCCCAGGACUUGGGAAACAGUCAUAGGUUAAGUGUCUCUGCCCUUUCUCAAAUGAUAUUUUACAAUACCAGGACAUAUAGUUCAAUUUUUAUGAUAGAUUAAUCCCAAAAGCAUGGCAUAGCAAGAGUGCAGCAUUAUUAUAAAACUGUAUAAAGCUGAAUCUUUUGAGGGCUAGUCAGAAAUGGCAGGUGACCAGUCUAGUUGAACCCCUAAAGUCUUAAAUUACAGUGAAGAUAAUGAGGAUUCCAUUCAAAUUGUAUAAUUAAUAAUACCGACCAAAAAGUACUGAGCUAUUUUCUUAAUAGGGCAGCAAAGAAUAGUCAAAAGGAUACCUAUAUGAUAUCUUUAUGUAACGAGUGAGGGUCUCUCUGCCUGUUAUUGUUUGGCCCUGGUGUGGCCCUUACCUGGUUCUGUUUGGCCCACUCUCCAUUCAUUGCUCUUAAGCAGUGCUGUAUGUGGGUGAAUGAGGUUGUUGAUGCAGGUCACACCCCAAUCAGGCAUCAGUUUCUCUCAGCAAAGAUCAAAUAGUCUAUAAUAGUUUUUCACCACGCUACAUUUUGGGAGAGAGACAGAGUCUGUGAUCUAGGACAGCAUGUUUUUGAUUCAGUUCAAACAAAGAGAUUUUAUACUCUGACGAAGCAUUAUACUGAUGACAGCUGACAAUAUUGAUAUUCAAGGCUUGGUUGCACCAACAAGGAUUGAUUUAAUCUGAGAUUAGUUGUAAUAAAAGUUCAGUGAAUCUUAAAAAUGAGUAAAUCCAGAUUUGGUUUUCAGCUGUGCUCUGUUCCCAAUCCCUCUUUUGUAGGGAUGCACUCUUGUAUUGCUCUCACAUGGGCAGAGGCCGAUAUCAGCACUAUUGAUAGAAAACUAUCAGCAAACUAAUGUCUGUAUCCAAUGUUUACUUGCUAACUGCUGAUCCUGGAGGAGAGUUUUUUGUUGUUGUUGGGCUACAGGCCAAACUUUGGUGUGACUUAAGAGAGCAACAGGUGCUUCGUACUCACUUGUUAAUUAUGUCCAGUAAUACUAUGAAAGGAGGCGCUACCAAUACCCAUUUAAAAACACCAAAUCUGAUCCAAAAAGUGAGAGAAUUACUGAGAGGUAAUGAAAUAACAGUUUGGCCCUGGUUUUCACAAUCUACCAUAAAGUAAUCUAAGGUUCUACUUAAAGUAAGAAAUAGUCAAAUCUUCUUCAGUGUUAAGCUACUUUUCUAUGUUUGAUUUUAAAUGAUGUAAAGAUAGAUCAUAACUUCACUGGAUUUAAAUAUUAUCUUUGUAGGUACAACUCAGUAGUACAGCCAUUUAGCCGUUUAGUUAUUUCCAAGCUAACAUUGCUUUUAGCUAGCAGACAAUACUCAAAAUUAAUACUCAAGUUAUGAUAAUAUUAGUAUGAUACUGUGUGAUACUGUGUGAUACUACCUUAUCCUUAUCGAUUGAUAUCAGUACAUGAUAAUCAGCUGGUGCCAAAGAUAUGAAAACAAUGUUUCUAUUGCAUUGUUUGUUGACCGGCAAUCCUUUUUCAAUUAUUUUUUUAAUCAUGAAAGACUCUGAUCAGGACAACCAGAACAGAGCCAAAUAAGGGUCACAUUUGGAGCCAGAAACUGGUCCUGCGACAAAACAGUUACUGAGAAAACCUGGGAUUUUAGAGACCAUCUAUUGUGCAUGUUUAUAAUCACAAUAUAGACUGGCAAAAAUGUGAAAAUCCAGCAUAGGUGGCUGUUAUACAAGUUUAUAUGUUAGUAGACAGAAUAGAAAUAGUGUUAGUAGUGGUAUUUUAAAGUGUCAUAUAUAGGUGACUAUAGUGACUAUAGGUGCUUAUAGGUAUUGCUUUAAAGGUUUUGGAAGGCCUUGGACAGACAUCUUUGUAACACCUCAAAGAAUUAGGUUCAGCAGAUUCAUAUGUUGCCCAUCUGUUCAGUUACCAUUUAAAGUAAAAAAUUAUACCCUCUAAUAUUAUUACAUUUUUAAGUUCAAGUUAACAUAUUUAAUGGAGAUAACCCUUGUAGGUUUAGGGUGGGCUCCAAAGUUCACCUCACCUGGCCACCCCUACAGAAGUUUGACCACUCCUGUCCAAAGCCACUGCAGUUGUCAGUGCAUAGGGUGUACCUAUCUUGAAUAGAUGCAUUGCAGUAUAACACCCAUGCAUCAAAUACAUUUAUCAGUUGGGUUAAAAUGGCCCAGAGAGUUUUAAAAAUUGACAAAUGAUCAAUUAUGGCCACUGUCGGUGUUCACAACUUCACUUCUAGUCUACCUUAUUCAUUUGUACUCAUAUCGACAAGGCUAGAGUGUUUCUUUUCUGCGCAUUUUUCUUCUCCUCUUUGCUGAAGUAGGUUGUAAGAAGCGCUGGCCAAAAUCUGAAAGUCCAGCUUGGGUGACUGUUAUUCAGGUUUACACAUUGGUCGACAAAAUAGAAAUAGUGCUAGUAGUGGUAUUUUUAAGUGUCAUAUAUAUUGCUUAUAGGUAGACUAUAGGUGGUUAUAGGUAUUGCUUUAAAGGUUUAUAUGUAUAUGUAUUUAUUGGUACUUUACAUGGAGGAUUCAUAUGUUACCAAUCUGUUCAGUUACCAAUUAAAGUAAAAAAUUAAACUCCCUAAUAUUACACAAUUUUAAGAUGAAGUUAAUCUGAUUAAUGAAGAUAACCCUUGUAGGUUUAGAAUAGGCUCCAAAGUUCACCUCACCUGGACACCCAAGUCACUGCCCCAGUUUGGCCACUGCUGUCCAAAGCCACUGCAGUUGUCAGUGCAUGAGGUGUACCUAUCCAUGCAUCAAAUCCAUCCAUCAGUUGGGUUAAAAUGGUCCAGAGAAUUUAAAGUAUUGACGAAUGAUCAAGUAUGGCCACUGACGGUGUUUAUAUCUUCACUUUUAGUCCACCUAACUCAUAUUACCUCAUAUCGACAAGGCUAGAAUGUUUCCUUUCUGCGUAUUUUUCUCCCCCUCUUUGCUGAAGUAGGUUAUAAGAACCAGUGCACCCAUAGGCUACAACGACAUCUGCGGGGAUCCUUGUUUGUCGACGUCAUUUCCCUCGACCCAACACCACAGCCUCCUCCACUUCCCCGCUGCGGGAUCUGCGUUCAGCCUCCCGGAGUGUCAGGCCCACUGCAAACAGUGUCUCUUCAAAAUGAAGACGAUACACUUUUAGGACUAUUUUAGUCACGUGAAUUCUUUAAAUGUGAAGGAUUGAACCUGUGGAAUGAGCUGGAAGUUCACCUUUAACCAGCGUUUCCGUCUUUCCAGAUUUACCCAGAACCGAAGAACGACGGCGAGUGUCUGAGCAACAUAAAGGAGUUUCUCAAGGGCUGCACAUCGUUUCGCGUCGAGGUAAGUGCGUUUUCAGAUUUGUGUUUGUCCCGUGGUCAUACCACACCCUUCUACACACAACAACACCUUGUUUUGUACGAACAGCUUGCGUAUUUAAGUGGAGACACUGUUACAAUAAACAAUGGCAGGGGACGGACGGACGGACGGAGCCCCUGACAGAGGGAGGAGGAGUGAACUCCAAGCCGAGAACAAUCACCCAUCGCCCGGUUGAAAGAAACUGCCUACUCCGACUGAACUGUAGCGAUGCUAAAGCUAUAUUUUGACAGACUCGAGUGUAUCUAAAUGAAACUAUUGGAGAUAAGUCAACACAGUUCCCACUAAGGUUUCGAAUCGCGUGGACAAUGCUCCCCUUAAUUAAUGCAAAGCUUUGUCCCCCUGCUCACGCGUGGCUUUAUUGUCACUACCACUCCACACGAGUCCGUGAAUCAACACUUAAGUAUAAAAAAAAAAAAACCUGUCGACUAGUGCAACUAUUAAUAAACCAGGACUAAAGUUGUGUGAGAAAGUCUCGUUCUAACAUGGUAAUUCUUUUAUUAUGAUGAGGCGUAAAGUCUAAACAUGUCCCACGAUUAGUCUCACCCUUGCAGGCCAGUAUGGAUAUGUGAGUAUGUUGCAGAGCAAUAUCUUUAAUAUUCCUAACCAGCAAAUAGAAGACAGUGCACUGUGUAGGGCUGUUUGUUGGCCAGUGCAUAGAGGGGUCAUUGAACCAGCUUAGUUUGACAAUACAACACAGUGUUCCCCAGUCUUCCUCUCCCUUCAGAGUCUGCAGCCACUGAGCGAGAGGUGGAGAUGGGGUGAGAUAGAGCGCUGUCAUAUGAAGUGUGUGAAGCGUGCCUUUUAGUGGUGCAGACAGCUUAAAUGCACAAUGCACUAUUGCUAUUUCAUUAGGAAAGGUCAGUGUUUGUUUGGACUGAAAACAGGGAUGUGUUGUGGCAUCUGUGAGCAAUGGACAGCAGUUUUUAUUGCUAACAAAUAUUCAAAUUCCCCAUGAUAAACACUCCGACUGUUUUAGUUCCUUGCAUGCAAAUCCAAUGUGACUUAUAUAUAUUUUUAAUAUGGGACUGGACAGAGCGGGAUUACAGUGGUUUGGGACAUGGCAGUCUUCCCACUCACCAUCUGUAGAGCAAAGAUGGAUCGUCUCCAGAGCCAAGAGUACUGCUGGCUGUAGCCCCAGGUAGCCACGGCUGCAGAUUAAAGCAGGGGACGCUCACAUGAAGAGGACAUACAGACAGAAGCUGUGCUUUUUUUUAAAGUCCUGACCGACCUCUUUUUUCCUAAUACAGUUAAGCUGGAUGUUUGGCCAAGCCUCAACAUGCUAGCUCUGCUUGGUCUGCAAAUUUAGUGAGGGUAUUUCAGCAGGACUUGUAGAUCUAAUUUGGAUAAGACAGACACUCAAGACCAUAUCUGACACUCAGGCAGCUGCUGUUACCGACCCUUAACCCCCUGAUGCCUUUGACCACAGGAAGUGAUCAUUAGGGUUCCCAUGACCUCACUGGCCCCCCUGGAAUAGUAACCUUACCCUGUAAGGUCCACCCUGAGAAUAAUCACAGAUCCAUCUGUCUACACUAAUGGCACACUUUGGAUCCAUCAAAAAUUCAAACAAGUAUCGAGUUGCUUGCAGGGUAGACGUACAGUGAUUUAAACACUCAUGUGUUUGUUGUCCUGGCAACAGACACUUAUUUUAAUCAUCCUUUCUUGUGUAGUAUACUCAUCAGCUGAUUAAGGUAUAUUUUACUGAAGAGAAAUGUGCAUUCGAGAUUUCAGAAAACAGAAAAAGGAAACUUAUUGUUUGGUUAUGUCCAAAAAUUACAGUUAAAGCAAAUGAAAGAUUGUGAGUCAUGUCCUUCGACUGGAAUAUCACAAAAACAACCGUUUUUUUCCCCCCAAACCUGAAUUUGGAUGGUUAUGUAAAUCAGGUAUUUAAAUCAUCACUAAGAGGAGAAAAUGCAGUUGUUUAAUUUCUUUCAGAAGUGAGUUUUUCUUAUUAAAAGGCUUUAAGGCCAUUUGUGUCCAACUUCUUUGUAGUUUGCAUUUGGCCAAUGUUUGCAACCCACCGUCCUCAGAAGCACAUACUGUAUACAGCCUACUGCAGCUAUCCUCAGUUUAUCUACCCUGAUAAAUGUCCUAGGCUGAUGAACCAAAUUAAGAUUUUGCGCUGGCUUAAAAAAAAAAACAUUCUUCUUCUCUUCUUGUUUGUGUCCGGGGUUUUUAAGUCUUCAGAACCUGAAACACAUGAUCAGCUGGAUUGAGAUCCUGUGACUUAGUCUGCAACAAGAAUAUUCCUUUGUUUUGCUUUAGAGAAAGCUGCGUCUCUGCCAUGUCUGCGUGUUAAGGGUAAUUGUCCCACUAAAUUGGAGGAUGAUUUGUGUAAAAAAGAAUUUAAAAAGACAUUCAUUCUGAGAACACAUUGCUGUGUAUACUCGCAGGGCAUCUCUGUUAGUUAUCGCUCUGCCUGCGCUUGGACACAAGCUGCAGGAUCUUCACUUGGGAACCAUCCGUCACUGAUGGUUCCCCCCAUUAAAUCCAGAAUAUGUCAGGAUGGCGAGGGGGUGAUGGUCAGAGCUGUCUCCAUGCUGCUCCCUGCAGCAUGAUUAAGAUGGUUAGAUAUUUUUGUUUUUUCUGUAGUUCUUGUCACCUCUGCGAUUCUAGACUUAAAAAUUUUCCCUUCAGUGUUUGUGGAGAAAUCCUAUACUACUCAUGAUCUUUACUACCAUGAAGCCAAAGUCUCUGAGAGUGCUCAUCUGAGAGGCUAACCAAGCCGACUUCAACACUGAGGCAAGGACAAAACAUGAUUGCACACAGCCCGAAAACACAAUGAAAGUCAGCACAAUCAUCUCCUUUAUUAUGAUAUGGUAUGAUACAAUUCAAAAUGAUAGGUUGUGAUACGAUCCGAUAUAAUACAGCAUACUUGAUUGUCUCUUAAGCUUUAUUUGUCCUGGACUUGUGUGCGUUUUCAUUCAGUUGCCUUCAUUGUAAUACCAGUAAAGUAAAACAAUAGUAAUCCACAUGUACACAAACAGCAACAUUAUGUACACAUACCAACAAUAAGUAGUGCACAUUGCUGAUGUUUCACAUUCACACGUGUUAUUCUGCACACAUGCAUGUAUUCUAAGGUUCCCUAGAUUCCAUAUUGUGUUGUAUGCUGGGAGUCAUGUGCAUGAAGAACUUUCGGCCAUGAUUUUUAAAAUGUUACCAAAUCCAGUUGAAUGUUGUUGUGUACAUGAAGCUGUCUUUGUGAUUCAUCUUGCAUGUAAACACUGAUUUCUCCAAUCAUAACAAGUGUGGAGAAACUCACCAUGGUGUUGUAUCCUGAUGAGUCACAGUGGGGUGUUGCACCAUUGACUUGUUUUGCUUGGAGGGAUCAUUACCUGACUGUGAUGCGUAAGCUCAGUGGACACGUUUUAGCUUGUCGUGUUAGUCAUUAUCUCCGCCAAUGAAUGUUUCAUUUCCAUCAUUCAUCAUGUGUCACUGUGAGGAUUUCAACCUUUUCUUUUUUUCUGAAGGAGAAUCUGCUGAAAGUUUAAUUCCUGAUGGAGGCAGAACCUAAGAUAUCACAGUUAUUUGGGGUUGAGUAAAAAUACAGCAAGUGAGAGGAAGUUUUAUUUAAAGUAUAAGUAUAGAUGACAAGGAUGAGGGUGCUUUCACAUGAAUGCUCCCGAGGGACAGCAAACCGUCCAGUAUCCUCCACAAGCACUACCACACGCACACACACACUUUUUCAUUACAAUAACACACUUAGAAACACAGUUACUCACAUAUUCCCUCAGGACAUAUCUGCAAUCAGAGCGGAAGAUAAAAAGACUCAUAUCUCACAGUCACUCAUCCUCAAUAUAACUGAAGCGAGAGUAACUAAUCAGCGGGAGCCGUUACACAGGAAGCGAGGGGACAACUACAGUCGUCAACAGAGAUACAAUCACUGCCAUUCAUACUCAUGUAGACGAGAGGGAGAGUCACUCUGAUAGUAAUACUCACACAGUUUUAUGCGUUUUUACUGCAGUAGAAGUAAAGACUGACAUCAACAUUUUUCUGUCUGUCAGCAAGUCAAACUGAAAAAAAAAAACAGUCAUCAAUGCAUAAUCCUGAUUAUUUCAGACAUCGCUGCCCUGUCUGUGACACUCACACCCUGUUUAUGUUAUGAAAUGACAUGAUUUCCAUUCAAGUUAGUAUUAACAGUGUGUGGACUUUAUCGCUUUUAAAAGUUCUAUUAGCAUGUCAGCUAAUAGACCAUGAUAAGGUGAUACAGGGGAAUAGUACCUGACAGGAUAACAAGGACAACAACAACAUCAUACAGAGAAAGUAAAUGAAUACAAAUGUUUAUAGAGUACGUCUGACCGAUGACCAGGGUUUAUGACAGACUAAAAAAACUGCACUCAAGUCCUGCUUCAGUGUAGCUUUGAUAGACUACGACUCUGUGAUCAAUGAUUCAGAAGUUACUGUAACUAAGCACGCAGGUAUGGCUGACGGCAGACAAGGUUACGCCAGCUUUACGCAGGGCGUGGGCCGGCUGUGUGACGGCUGCAUGAAGGCUCAGUUUUCAUUCUGGCGUGUGUGUGAAUGAAUUAGGCCUCCACACCGUUCAUGGAGGAGUGCGCCUCCCAUCCAUCUCACAUAACCCUAGAAAGAAAAAGGCUCGCUGAUUUUGCAGGAUAUCAAGGGAAAAAGAGAAAGAGCUAUGUUUAGAGCUGUAAUUUUGUCACAAACAUGAAUAAUUUAUUAUGAAGGCACUUCCUGGAUGUAUUUCAAAGCAAAAUCCUGAUCUGCUCUCUUAUUUUCACACAGUGCUUUUAUUUUGAAGCUCAGGACGUUUAUUUGGUGAAAGAAGUGAAUUGCAUUGGAUAAAGAGUAGGAAUGAAUGGUGUUGUCGAGUAUCAGAGCAAUCAUUAAACUACAAAUAAUAAGACGCAUAUCCAUAUUUUUAUGAUUGUGGAUCUAAUACUUUUUGAAUGCUACUUAUAGUCAGAGAAAAUAGCAUCCUGUGAGACACUGACUUUACAUUUUUAGCCAUUUUCUCCCUCACUUUUUGGCAUUAUUAAUGAUCAAAUAGCUUAUCAUAUAAAUACUGUGAGAGAUGAAUCAAUAAUUAAGAUAAAAGUUGGUCACAUCAGAUCUAGCAGUCUUUGGGUACUUUCUUUUCCUGACAUAGAAAAAGGAAAUUCUCCUUUUGUCACUGUUUCUUGAAAAUGAAGCAGUUUCUCAGCUGUUGUAUGAAGUGUCUAUCUAAAGUUGCUGCAGAUUUGUGUUUCUGCUGAGCCUGUGUGUUUCGCCCACGACUUCUAUCAAAGAUAGCGAGGGUAAUCGAUUGACUGCUCGCUGCUGGCAGUGUAGCUGAGUGAUGACACAGUUCUGCUCCACAGGAUUUAGUGAUUAGCUCUAAAAGGGAAAUGCACUUUCUGAUGACUGUCUGUCUCUCUCUGUUUCAGCCGUUUGAGGCCAGUGACCUGCUGCUGGGACUGAACUUCUCCAAGGUGCUCAGCAGUCUGGUUGCUUUGAAUAAAGUGACGGCAGGUUAGUAAAAUAUGUGUGCAUUGUGUGUGUGUUUUAUCAUGCUCGUGGGUGUUUUCUGUGAAAGACAGGCUGGUAGUCAUGAGUGUGUGGGCGCUAACAGCAGAAACCAGGUCAGUUGUAUUUAUAUUUCACCCUUUCUGUGCAGAUAUCGGCGUGGGCAGUGAUUCGGUGUGCGCCCGGCACUCUUCAGCCCAUCGCAUCAAGUCCUUUGAGUCUCUGUCCUCUCAGGCUUCGCUUGGCCGAACGUCAAAGCUGCUGCAGAACCAGUUUCGCAGUCUGGUAAGGUCAAGACUCUGUAACAGCGCAGUGUAACCCUGCUGAUUGGGGUUACACAGAAGAUGCAUGCAAAGGUGUAGCACAAUGUAAAGCCAAAGAAGUGAUCAUGAACUGUGAAUGGUUUUUGUUGAGCUUUUAAUGCAGUUUGUGAGGAACCUGCAUCAGCUGGUGUCUAAUGAUACAAAGAAAAGAAACAUUACACAGAAACAUGUAAAGCCUUUGAAAUAUAACAAAAGCCCCAUCGCAACAGUAGGCUUUGUGAUAAUAUCAUAUAUACAACUUUACCACCGGCGCUGUACGCAUGUCCACUUGGGGCUUGACUUAUAAUGAAAGUUUACAGGAGACAACAAUGCAGUGCCUCAAGCAGUACUGUCUUGCUAUUAGAACCACUGACACAUGAAUAAUAAUAAAGUCAAAUGAGAUUCAGAGGCAAAUAAGAGGUCACUAGUUUACAAUCGGGAACAAUGCAAUCAUCUGCAUGACAGAGCAGGAGCUGUUCUGCACCAAGAUGCUCCUCCAAAACAAAAUCAAUUUGGCCUCUCUUUAAGAGAGCUCUUCCUGCUGCUAUCCUAACCACAGCCUGCAGGAUCUAGUUGUGAGGCAGGCUUCAGUUCAGUAGCAGAGAGAUUUUUCCCUCUUAGGUUGGUGCUCAGGCUUUUUUGUUUGGCUGGUGAAAAAGAGGAAAGGUUUGGAAUGAAAAACAAACUAGUCAGCCCAUUUAGAGAGAAAAAAGUGGACAGUGUUGCAAAAGUUGUCACAGUUUUCUGUGCUUUCUUAUAAUCAAGCAUGUGUGCGUUUAAACAAUUAAUAGUGUGUUUUAAGUCUGUUGAACAAGUAAUGAACAUUUAUGUUGUUAUAAGCAUGUUGUCAUUUGCAAGGGCUCAAAAGCUUUAUGGCUACCGUCUUAAUGUUAUAAAUGCACUACUGCUAAAGAAGCACAGAGGACAGAUGGCAUCUCAUGGUGGGAUGUGCUUUGGCAGUAUUUGAUCUAUAGAAUAAAGAUGCAGUCAUGUGUAGACUGUUUCAGAUUAAACUGGGAUCCAUUUGAUCAAAGCCAUGCAUAUCCAGUGUAACCAUAUGGACGCUAACCUCCAAGGAGGACCAAAAGCCGGUUGUGUUAGCUCUGCUAACAUUAGCCACUCCAGACAAAUCAAUUCUACAUCCCAUAGAGAUUUUUUUUUUAUCUCAAUAGGAUGUUUAAAAAAAAAAUCCAAAAUGGUUCAGAAUUGAAAGUUGUUUAGAAAAUGAUCAUUUCUGUCCUAUCAUUGCUUAUUGAAAUUUAAAGACAUAGCUGUUUUAUUCAAAGCACAUUGGUGUCAGAGCUGUGUUUUUGCUGGUUUAAAAAAUAUGGCCUCAGACAUCCAGACCUGUGUAAACCUUUGUGCAGCUAAAUUUCAAUCUGGAAAUCCUGGUUUGUGCUCACUUGAUCGUUCACCUACAGACUCCUGAAUCCCGAGUGUGGUUGGUCUAUAUAAUUAGUACUCAGUUUUACCUCUUUUCGGAGUCGUUUCUUACCUGCAGUCUCAUCUGUUAGUCUGAAUUUAGAUUUCACUAGGAGGUGAAGUGCUCCUGGACACACCUUGCAGUGAUAUAUAUUGCAUAAAUAUAGCACAGGAUUGGGGCAACAGUGGAAGUGUACCUUGAGGGUUUUAUUGCUACAGAUUGUGUCUACAUCAUGGAUAGACAAGUUUGAGGAAAUAUGAUGAGUAAUACAUGUUGCAUAAUAUUUAUUUACUCAUUUUACAAAUAGACAGACAGAGUUCUUAAUGGUUAAGCUGCUGACACAUGUAUCUACCUGAUAACUUUCAGACUCUUUGAGAUAAAAACAUCUUCAGCUAAUUGAUGCUCAUUUUCCCUCUUUUCGACCUUCUCCUCUUCUCACCACAGGACAUGUCAGAAAACAGCGGACAGCAGCUGCUGGUGAAGGCACGGUUUAACUUCCAGCAGACAAACGAGGAUGAGCUCACCUUUGCAAAGGGUGACAUCAUCAGCGUGACUCGCCAGGAGGAUGGCGGCUGGUGGGAGGGGUUGCUCAACGGAAAGGCCGGGUGGUUUCCUAGCAACUAUGUUCGGGAGGUCAAAGGCUCUGGUAAGUAGCCCGACUACCCUUUUAAGAAACUCAAUAGUGUUCUGAAAGCUUCAUACGCUCCAAAAAUUCUCAUUACCCACUUAAAAUGUCAUUAAAUCGCCCCUGCAUGUGUUUGUGAAAGAUUAUAGAGCAGACUGUGCAGAUAAAAUGAUAUUUUGACAGAUGCUGUAACAUUUCUGUGCACGACUUCACAGUUUUCAUUGUCAUUUACAUCCCAUCUGGCUGUCGCGAACACAGACACACAUCUGCUGCGUCUCGAGGCCCGCUGUUGUCUGUUGAUUUCUCUAUUUGUGAAAUAGUUUGAGAUGCAAUUAAACGAUCAGACUGUCUCAGGGCCGAUGAUGAAGAAAUGAGAAAAAUUCACAGACAAAUAAAUAGUGGAUCUUUUUUAAUGUUUGCUGAAUUAUGCAAUUAUUGUAAUGCUUGUGUUUGGUUAAGGUCAGAUUAUUACAGUCCCUUAAAUAAUUGGCAGCAUCUGAAGUCUGAAGAAGACAAUCGGGAGCUACAAGUGUUUACUUAAUCACACAAUAUAGAACACAAGCAAAGUAAAUAUAAGCAAAAACAAGGUAAUAUAAGUAAAAUAAGAUCAUUGAUGUAGGAUCAGUUAGGGUUGAGAUAAGAUAAAGUGUUACAGUGAAUCUAUCUCAGACAGGUGGUUGUAUAUGGGAUAAAUAAAACCCAAAGAUGUGAAGUAAAAUAGAAAAGUUGGCAGCAUGCUGACUGAAAUGCUGAUGAUGCUGAUUGUUAUUAAGCCAUUUUUAUGGUUUCUUCAUUAAAAUGAUUACGACUGUAAAUCUUAUGUAAACACAAAGUGCAUGUUUUGUCUGUACUCACAUGGACGGCGCACAUUAUUAGGAUCACUUUUGUGUUUUAAAAGUGUAGUUAAACCAAUGCCUUCAAGAAAAUGGUUUAAGCGACUUAUGAGGUUGCAAACGCCAAAGCAAAACUUCACUUUCAUUUGUAAUCCCUGCAGAAGCCUCAAUUUGCAGCCUCAUUAUUGUGCACUCCCUCAUAGAUACUUUGUUAUGACAAUCUAUGAAAAUCUGCCAUUACUUGUGACUUUGAUAAAGCUAAUAUUUCAUUUUUUUAAGGCUCAUUACGUUUGGUGUUGAUUAAAAUUGUCUCAUGUUCAGGAAAACCUGUGCUCAUUAACUUUAAUCUGCUGUUUUUGAAAUUAGUGUCCCCAAAGUCUGGCACCCUGAAGAGCCCGCCUAAAGGUUUUGACACUACUGCAAUCAGCAAGACGUACUAUAACCUGGUAAGGAUGCAGCUCCACUCAACACUUGAGCCCAUUUUUUCUCUCGUCUUUGUCCUUGUUUCACCAACAACGGAAAAAAACCACAAGUUAUCUGUUUUAUUUUGUUUUAUUAGUUGUUCUUUUUUAUCCAGGCUUUACGUCAAGGUCUUGUCUCCCCUGCUUACUACUCAGUGUUCCCUCACCUAACAUUUACUAUUUGUAAUUGAUGACUCUGUCUCAGUGGUGUCUUAAAUCACAGCUCUCUCUAAACAAUUUAACGCCAUAGGUUUGAUUUUCUGUUGUCUGAGAGGCUUUGUGACAAAUAUUUCUACACCUUAGGGCAGGUGUUGUUUGUUUAACCAUCAUCACAGCUGCCUGCUUAGGAGAUUGAAUUGAUUUCCAUUAGCUCUCUCUCUCUCUCUGUUUCUCUCGCUCUCUCUCUCUCUCUCUCAAUGCAGAGAAGAUCUUGUAGAUGGCUCCUUUAAAUGAAAGAGGAUAAACAUGAUUAUUUAAUGAAACAUUUUUGUGAAGUCUUUUUUUCUGUUUCUGUUCAUACUAAUGACAUGUGUAGCACUUUAAAAUGUGACCUUACUAGCUAGUUUGUUCUCACUUAACAGUCUCGUAUGUAUACAGUGUAUGAGACUUGGAAGAAGUGUCUAUUUAGCACAUUAUAUUUCAUGUUUUUCUGGGUGUUUAAAUUUGUAUUUACAAUCUUUUAUGUGUACAUAACCUGUAACAAUACUUUACUGUCUUAAUUUGGGAUGUUUGAAGGGGAAUAAGCUGCUCACUAAGAUAAACAUAGUCAUAAUAAAGGUCUUUCUCCCCUUCAUUACAGGUGUUGCAGAACAUCUUAGAAACAGAGACAGAAUACUCCAAGGAUCUCCAGAGCCUCCUGACAAACUACCUAAGGCCUCUGCAGAGUAUUGACAAGUAAGACAGGAUAAGAUUAACUUCGUUGUCACACGAGUAUGAGAUUUUUCUUGUUCUAUUGGAAUGUUGGAAUUACCCUCAUAGUGAAAUAGCCCAACAUGGUACCAUGCAAAGCAUAUAUUUAAACCAUCUUUAAAUACAACCAUAUUUAUGCACAAGGUAAUGUUUUAUUUCCUUUUUUAAGAAACGUUGUUUUGUAACACAAGCCUGGAUUGAGACUGUUUAAACUUUCCUUUUGAGUAUCAGUGAAUAUGUUGUUUUAAUUUUUUAUUAACCCGUCCCAUCUUUCUCCAUAGAGUGAGCGGCUCUGAUGUAAGUCUGAUUCUGGGAAACUUGGAAGAGAUCUGCACCUUCCAGCAGAUGCUCGUCCAAUCGCUGGAGGAGUGCACCAAGUGAGUCCCUCCUUACACACGCAGACACACUGCAGCAACAUCCUCAACAGUUUCAUAACAAUCAGGGGGCCAUCUAGUGGUGGGUUGAUUGUACUUCAGGGAUGUUGAAUAAAAAUUUAAACAUAUGACGUGCUUAAAAAUCUGAUUUACUGCUACUACUGUUUUUGUCUGUGUACGAAAAUGUGCAUGUGCAGAGUUCUUAUCACUGCAUGUUUCUUUUCUUUUCUUUAGGCUUCCUGAAAGUCAGCAAAGAGUGGGGGGCUUCUUCCUCAACCUCAUAACACAGAUGAAGGCGCUUUAUACAGGUUACUGCUCCAACCACCCCUCUGCAGUCAACGUGUUAACCCAACACGGGUAUGUUCACACGCCUAAAAGUAUUUAGUCUUAUUUCUGCAACAUUUAAACCUCAUUUUGUAUCAGCAAAACAACAGUUUGUUUGUCGAAAGGAAAACCAAACAAGUGCUCUUUACAGUUUAAGCGUGUUGGUCAUCUUGGACACUAAGUGUGACUCUAUGGUCACCUGUUUGCAAUCACCUUUAGUGCAGUUCUUCUAUUUUUUAGGGAGACAGUUUUAAAACAGCUGCAGGAGGGGAAACGAAAGAGAAAUUCAACCAUAACUACAUGAGGAUAGAGGUUUAAAUUGUGGAUGUGGUUGAUUGUAAGUUAAUGAGCUAUACAUGAUGUCUUUGUCUGUCUCUUGUAGGGAUGUACUGGGGGAGUUCAUGGAGGGGAGGGGUGCAGUCAGUCCUGGGAUCCUAACCCUGACCACAGGUCUCAGUAAACCCUUUAUGAGACUCGAUAAGUACCCCACCUUACUCAAAGAGCUGGAAAGACACAUGGAGGUCUGUAUCUAAAUAUCUCUUUCAAGUGUUUUUUCUUGCUUGUUUUUGUUUUAUCACUCACUAAACAGUUUUAUCUUUUCUUCCAGGAGAGUCACCCAGACCGGCCAGACAUUCAGAAGUGCAUGGUGUCUUUCAAGAGUCUGUCUGUAAGCUGAUUUCACUUUACUCCAUCACAGAAGUAACAUGUAGACAUACCGGAUGUAUCAAAUAAAAGGGACCCAUCACAGGAGUUUGAACUGUUUUUUCUGUCUGUUUGUGCCAGGCUCAAUGUCAGGAGGUGCGGAAGCGUAAGGAGCUGGAGCUGCAGAUUCUCACAGAGUCUAUCCGGCUAUGGGAGGGGGACGACAUUAAAACCUUGGGCUCUGUGCUUUAUAUGAGUCAGGUCUUAGUCCAGAGUCCUGGAUCAGAGGUAAGAGUCCCACCAACGUUCAUCCAUGUACAUUUUAUAUUCUUUAAAAACACUGAUAUAAAUUUACUAUAGAAACACAUCGCCGUGGACUUUUUAUACAUUAUUGCCUUGCUUGAAGUUUGUAAGUUGUCUUGAUUUGUGGUUACCAACAUAUUCAUCUUGAAGGUUUUCAUAAAUAUAGAAAAGUAAAAAAAAACUUUCAUUGAACAGCUGAAUUAACUUCAUAGAGCGUUUCCUGAUUUAAAUUAAAGAGUGGUCAACAAUGAAAAAAAAAGCUUUUACAUUUUUUUUUAUAAACUCUUGUCCUCUUAAAAUGAAUACUUGAUGAUCAUGUAACUUUUACCUUAGACCUUCUUAAAUUAAACAAAUCUGUAAAUCUGAAUUUGCCCUUUCUCUGAUGUUUUUAUAAGGCUCUCUUAUCCCUUCUCUAUUUAUCUCUCUUUUCUAAAUCUUUGUCUCUUUCUUAGGAGAAGAGUGAGCGUUACCUCAUGCUCUUCCCUCAUGUCCUCCUUAUGCUGUCUGCCAGCCCCAGGAUGAGCGGCUUCAUAUUCCAGGUCAGAAAUAAACCUUUCCUUUUGUUUAUCCUAAAGAGGUUAUCUUCCUGAUUCUCUCUCCAGCGUUUGACCUGAGCCCUGAGCUUAACAUGGUUGCUGAAAGGCAUUUCCUCUGUUACAUCUUAAUUCUAAUGUGAUCAUAUCUCUGUGCAGGGAAAAUUGCCUCUGGCCAGCAUGACAGUGACCAAACUAGAAGACUGUGAAGCUCACAAAAACGCCUUUGAGCUCAACGGUGAGGCAGCAUGAACUAAAUGAGACGCUAAUUAGAGUUGAUUUACACAUAAUCCCUCCAACAUCAUUGUCUUUGUCUCUGCAGGUACAAUGUUUGACCGUCUCACGGUGGUCUGCAACAACCAACAGGACCUGCAGGACUGGUCUGAACACCUGACCCGACAGAUCAAGCACACUGCAGCCACGGCACCCAGCCACAAACCACUCACUGUUCCCUGCCACACAGUAAGGGGCCAAUCAUAACAUGCCCACAUCCAUGAUUUUCCUUCUAUUCAUUUGUGCCCAGUGUGGGGUCAACACUCUAAUAAACAUUUGUUUAUUUCUUGCAGAUCUUUAUUGCGUGAAUGUUAAACAUUUGCCUUUAAAAUCUGGCUAACAUAAUGGUCAGCAAUCAUCUCAAAUCAUGAAAUAGCCAUGUGUGAAGUGGCUUGACUCUCAUGAUGGGAAUGUCUCUAAUGCUCAAUUACAUUUAAUCAACAUUCAGCCUCAUAUUUUGAUAAAUAAUCAACAAUAACAACUGCUGGAUACACUGUGAGCCACAUGCAUGUUGGUUUUGAGGAGCCUCAAUCUGAAAAAGCUUUUGGUAACCUGCUCUUAAAGCUGAUGGCCUAAAAAAAAGCAAGAAAUGCCUUCAUUAAUUGGAAUAAAAAACAGAUUAGAGUAGCUGUUUGUAAUCUACCACAGGUAAUAGAAAGACCGCUUAAAAUCCUCCUUUUAUUAAAUAUGCUGUUCUGUUUCAUUCUUCAGCUUCCAUCUCAUCCCCUCACCCCGUCCCGGCACGCUGAGGGGAGGGCCAUGACGGUGGCGCCCACCUACCACACCCUGCCUCACCCGUCCUCACAUGGCACCUCCCACAGCACCAUGAUGUGGGGCCCACUGGAACCACCAAACACCCCCAAACCCUGGAGCUUGAGUUGUUUACGACCUGCGCCUCCUCUGCGCCCCUCUGCAGCCCUCUGCUACAAGGAGGUGAGAGACUGUGUGGUCGUUAAAUUAAGACAUCUACAUGUGUAUUGUUUACUUUGUGAUUGUAAUAUAUUUGCUAUUGUUGCCAUCCUUUAGGAUCUCAGUAAAAGUCCCAAGAGUGUUAAGAAGCUUCUCCCGAAGCGCAAGCCAGAAAGGAAACAGUCCGAGGAGGAAUUUGCCUUGAGGAAGAGUAUGUAUAAAUUCUUCUUUUUAUUGUUGUUGUUGUUUUUGUUGGAAAGUUUUUCAAAUUCUUAUUUUUUUCUUGAUUUUAUUGAAACAAUGUGGCAUUUUGGUAAAAACUUUAUUUGCUUACCAAGACCAAGUCAUUUCUGCUUGCUGAGCUAAACUACACAGAGCUAAUUAUGGGCCGGUCCUAGCUUCUUAGUUAAUAGAAAGCUUCAGCUCUGUUAGAAAAUCCUCAGUUCAGUUUAAGGUCAGGGUGUUUCAUUUGUUUCUCCUUUUGCUUAUUUUAAACUUUAUAUUCAUUUCUUAUUGUCUCCCAUAUUUUGCAGAAGGUUGAGCACAUAUUGACAUGAUUGAAAGUGCUUUCUCAUUUCACUCUCAGUAGAAAAGCCAAUUGUCCUUGUCCUGUUGGAUUUAAGUGCAACAUUCGAUACAGAAAACCACAAAACUGUGAUUGAGAAGCUGCAGCACUUGGUUGGCAUGUCAGGGUCACCUUUGAAAUGGUUUUAUUUGCCAAUUUUAUGUGUUGAUUUGGAGGACAUGUUUCCCUGUCACUCUGAGGUGAACCGUGGAGUACCUCAGGGGUCAGUUUUGGGACCACUUUUAUUCUUUAUCUAAAUGCUGCUGCUUGGUCACAUAAAACAGCGACACAAUAUUUCUUUUCAUUGCUACACUGACGACACUCAACUGUAUCUGCUCCAUAGAACCAAACAACACCCAAAACCUCUGAAACCUGACAAACUGUGUUGCUGAUAUUAAAAACAAGAUGAUAGCAAAUUUGUUAAAAUUCAUCCAGACAAAACUGAAAUACACUCCAAAGUACACUCUCUAUAGUAGGAGGGAGACUGUUGUCAGAGAGACAAAGUUACAUGAUUGUGUAAAUUCAGACUUUCCUUCUGUUCGUUCUGCAGGUACGGCUGCUCUGGAAGAAGACGCCCAGAUCCUGAAAGUUAUUGAAGCGUACUGCACCAGCGCCAAAACCAGGCAGACUCUGAACUCCAGUAAGAAAACACUAGAUUUAACUUUAACAUGUGCACGUAAAGAGGUUCACAUGGAAGCUUUUUCUAUCUUUAUUAUGCUAUACCUGUACUCUAUUACUCAAUGUCUGUCUUUAACACUGGUGCUCUGAACUGGUCUUUCUAACAGUUUCUUCUUCUCUGUCUAUUUCUCCUCCACUCCUCUUUCUUUUCGCAUCGCUGUGGUUUUUCCUUUUUUUUCCCAUCAUAUUUUACUUUCACCAUGCUUUGUUAUAAUUUUAUCCACACGCUCUGAAUCUCCCCAUCACUUUCCUUGCUUUUUGAUUUACCAUUUGCUGCACACGCCACCUCUUCCCUUUGCACCGCCACAUUUCCUCCAUCUAUAUUCAAAAAAACUUCACCUGACCCUGACCAGCCUGGCAGGGCACUGACCUGAUGCACAAUCACGUGCUGGCAGAUGUGGACCGGUCCUGUGUGGACCCGCCGGGCCGCCGUAGCAGCGUGUCCCGGCCUGAAUUGUCCUCUGAUCUUUCCGAGGACUCUGACUAUGACUCCAUCUGGACCACCCACAGUUACAGGAUGGGCUCAGUGCCGCGCAAGAGCUGCAUCUCUCACCAGAACUGAAGAACGUACAGUACUGCCACGCUGUACUGUAAUGUAACGUACAGCGCGCUUACCUCUUUUACCUUCAAUGUAUUAAAAGAAACUAGACUUUUUUAAUUUAUCUAUUUAUUUUCUAUUAUAAAUUUGUUCAUUUUUUGUUAACUUAUUUGUUUAAUUUAUUUUUAGACUGUUUGUUUUAAGAUGUUUUUAAGCAUCUCCCUGUUGCCUUGCCACUUUCCCUUUUAUGUGCCUCCUCUAUUUGUGUAGUUGUCAUGCAGUAGGUGUUCAGUAAUUAUUCUUCUUUUAUCUUGAAUGUGACCACUCCCCUUGUUUGACCAUAAAAUGUGGCGGACUCUCUCAGCAGGGAGUGCAGGGAUGUUUGAGUGGAAAUACAGGGGAGGGAAAAACAGAGGGGAGGGAGAGGUGGGGACUGAGCUUUUCCUGUCUGAUAUUCAGAUGUAAUUCAGGAACGAGUGUAUUCUAUUGACCAUGUACUACUUCUCUCCAGUAUGUGUUUUGAGAGUAUGUAUGCUCAAACAUAGCACAGAUGCCAUACACACACACGCACAGGUUCAGGCACAUCAGGCCCUGUUGCCUGGUAACAUCGCAGCAUGCAAAUGAAAUAUUCAAAUUCUUUUCAUUUAAUAUCAUCGCUGUUUCACACUUUCAGCCUGGACUCGUGUUGCAAGUGCUUAGCAGGAUUAAAUUUGACCACAUGACCAAAAGCUACUAAAGUUAUUUACUUCAUUUUAAUUGCCGGUGAAACAUAAUUAAUUAUUUUGCUGUAGCAGCAGGAAGAGGAGAUUAUCACAUAUGCUUUACACUUACACCAAGCUUACUGCAGCUGGUUGACCAAGAAUGAGGAAUUUAAAGGGUCAGUUCAUCCACAUUUAAUAAAAAAAUACAUGUACACAAAUGCCUGCAUAAGCCAAAGACCUCACUUUUAACAUAUUUAAUUGAAUUACUUUCUUUCUUACGGUGAAAAGCAGUUAAAUUUACGAAAAUUCUUCAAGUUAUAUUGUAAUACUGUGGUUGCAGACAAGACAGUGUGGGAUUUUUGGGGGUAUUUUUAGUGAACUGGCCCUUUAAUGCUUUAACUUUAAUAACUUGCUGUAUUUACAGGACAUCUUUAAAGCCUGAUCUACCAUCCAGUAAUGUUGCUGAUAGCGGUUCAACAGGGUCACAUUUACAAAAUAAAAAGAUUUAAAAAGAUUUUUACUAGGCAAAGCAUAACAGCCUGGUGCUACUAAUCUCCAAAACGUCAGCAUCACUCACUGUAGCUACAGUCCUUUUAAUGGAAAUCAAAUACUUUUAUUGUUAUAUAUUUUUUUUAAUUCAAGUUGAAGAAACUCCCUGAGCUUUUGUGAAUGUCAUCUUCAGUAUGAGAUUGAUUCCACUCUCAAAUUUGUCUGCUCAAAAUGAAGCUUAAGCCUGGAGGAGGUUUGCCUAACUUUCCUUGCAUGCAUGCAGAAUGUUAAACGGGUGCAACAGCGAGCUAAGGAGGAAACAAAGCAGCAUCCAGAAUCUUCUGUCUUAGCUUUAAAUGUAGUAAAAGUCAUGUGCACAUGUGCCCAUAGGUGUAUCUUUAACAUCCGCACUUCAUCUUAGCUUGAUGAAACCUUUUAGAACUCCUGCUUUCUACCAAAAUGCACAGACAUUAGAAAUUAACACAUCAAAUUAAAGUAGGACGGCAAGUAAUUUCUUUUGUUUCUUGUUUUCUCACAAAGCUAAGCUAAGCUAACCAACUGCUGGCUGACGCUUCAUGUUUCUUGUGUAGAAAUUAGGGUGCUAUCAUUUUUUUAGUAAACUCAAAUUAAGAAAGCAAAUAAGCAUACAUUUCAGAACAUUGAGCUCUUUCUUUAACGUAAUACCUUUACCAGAUUGAUAAUUUGACAGAGUUAGCUUAACACAGAUGACAAACAUACUACAGCUGCGUUAGCCAGGUGUGGCUUGCGAGGUGUCCCAUAACUUCUCUUGCAUUAAUAACUAUUUUUAUGAAGAAGUAUUUUUCCAGUGUUGGUAUUAAAAGUACAGGUUGGCAACCACUUAGAGUCUAUCUCCUCUUACAGUACACAAAUGUGAAAGAAGUAUGGAAUAUAUAUUGGUCCAUGUUACAGCUCGGUUUAUUGUGUUUCUGUACGGUAUUUAUUAUUCUGUAAACAGGUGGGUUUUUUUAAUUUUAUUUAUUUUAUUAUGUAUGUCAAUGUUUACAAAAUGAUCCCUUGAAGAUUUUUUUUAUUAUAUCGGUUUGUAUGAAAGUUUACACUCAAAAGUAUAACAUGAAGUGUUUGACUUAUUUUGCACAAUCAUGUAACGGGCCAAUGGGUGUGGGGGAUAGAAUCUGUUAAACUCUGUACUUUUUGUGUGUAUGAUAUAGUCCUAAAGGUAGACUUGAGUAUUUAGUGUUACCGUAAAGUAAAUGCUCAUUCGUAGUGUAAAUUCUCACCCUCAGUGUUUUGCAAGCAUUAGGGUAAAAAAAACAAAAACAAGAAACCGUAAUAUAACAGGAAACAUUUCUAUGUAAACUACUCAUCCAUCUUCAGAUUACUGUCAGAAUGGACUUGAAAUAUAAGAGCACAUAGUCUCCCUUUCUGUAAAUAAUAGUUGUCAUUGAGCAAGAAAAUAAGAAAAAAAAACAUUCUAUGAAUAUUUGAGCUAAGAAUAUCACUGUCCUUAUAUCAUGUGCUAAACUUUGUGACAGGUGUAUUCUGUGGUCUUCAAGAGAAACUAAAACAAACUGUGGCACAGGCAGGGUAAAGAGACUUGACUGUCUUUGACCAACAUUGUCGUCUGUGUGCUCUAAUGCUGUAUUCAGUUUACACAUGUGACCACGUCUUAUCUGCAAAACAGCGCCUUCUGUGUAUUUGUCGGACACUGCCCAAGUGUUCAAGUCCCAAAAGCUGUAUUAUGAGUUUUGAAUAAAUCCGUCAUUUGGUAGACGCUGGUAUUCUGGUGAUUUGUUGGGAAAAAAAUUAUCUGAUUGUGUUUGGUGUGUGUUGCUAUUUGAGGAAGAUGGUGGAAUUCUCAUUAACUCAAAAUUGACUGUAAAUUGCAAUUUGAAUGGAUUUGUGUUGACUUUUUUGCCUGAUAAUCUCCACAGCCUCUCUUGUUCUUCCACUUUCCUUGGGCGUGCAUCUGAUUUCUGGUCUGUGCAUGACUAACACUUGGCCUCUAAUAAUCAUUGUGCAUGUUGGUUUCACUUUGAUAACACAUGUUCCACUGAAGCACUUCAGAAAAGUAACUUAAAGAAGAUGACUCACCACUGACUCAUCAUAAAUGCAAGGUGCAAGAUAUGAAUCUACAAAUUGUUUAGAACUCUUCUGUUUUGAUGCAGGACCACGAAAGGAUACGGGUUUACAAAUGAUCAUCCCUGGAGAGAAGAAAGUCCUAAGGGAGGGUCCAAAUCGCAACGGACAAAGUACAGUGGAGGAGAAGUAAGAUGAUACAAUAAUUUUUCACUUUUACUUUGUCUUAUUUGGAAUCUGUCUAAAUAUUUUAAGUUUAAAAAAAAAAGCUUUCAGUACACAAGACCACAUUUUUCUUUCUGAGGGUUCGGAAAUGCUGACUUAACUUAAAGUCAUCCUGGACUCAAGCUAGAAUAAAGAGCUGAGUUAGGCUCUAAGCCACAUGACAAUGUACACAACUGUUAGUCACCUCAGCUAUACCCUUAAUAAUACGAGCUAAUACAUAACUACUUACCUUUUUUCUGCCAUGAAGAAACAUUUUAUGAAGGGACCUGACUGGCUUUAGCUGUCAGCCCCAAGUGGACUUUCAAGGAACUGCAGUUUUGUGCACUAAAACCAAAAUUGGUAAUGGGAAGCAGCCAGUUCCUGUUCUUUGCAUUGAAUGUGCAUUUAGAUGCAGACUUCUUUGAAACCAGUCAGUUAUGGGGAUAUUUCUCAUUGGUGUAUUUAAAUGGUGAGUUGUUAUGAAGUGUUGAGUCAGAACAUUACAGCUUGUUCAAAGCUUUUGAAAUUAAAAAAUGUUGAAGAUACCAUCAUGAAAGCAGUCAGUAUUGAUUGACCAUGUGCUUUUGGAUCUCUGAGCUCAUCUGAGUUGUUCAUUUGUGAAGUUUGUCCUAUAAUAGCUAUUAUAAUUUACAAGUAGAUUCAAUUUGUGUUCUUAUUUUUCCAAUCCAUACUCACUGAUAAGCUAUCAUGUUCUGGUGAGUCUUAUAUCAGAAGAGAAGGACAAUCUCCACAACUAAUCUGCAUUAAAAAUAGUUUCAAAAUUCAAUAGAUACAGUGAAGUUGAUAUGGUGUAGUCAGCACUUGACUCUGUUUUUAAUGUGAAAAUUUGAUCUUCUCAAUUGAAGGAGCCUGGUGGAUGUGGUGUACGCCUUGAGGGAUGAGGUUCAAGAGCUGAAACAGGUGAAAGAAUAUGAAAUGUGUCUUACAUUAAGUUUGUUGUGUUACAACAACUUAAAUAACUCAAUGGCUUUACCUCACAGGAUAAUAAGAAGAUGAAGAGGUCGCUGGAGGAGGAGCAGAGAGCACGAAGGGAUCUGGAGAAGGUUGUAAAGAGGGUUUUAAAGAGCAUGAAUGACCCAAGCUGGGAUGAGACAAACCUUUGA